AUGGGUCGCAUAUGUUCUGUAUUAAUAUGUGACAGUAGAGUAAAUAAAAGUAAUAAUGAAAAUGCUACUUUAUUUUCUAUACCUAAGGAUGAAUCUAUCCGUAAAUCGUGGACAAAUAUUGUUAACGAUUGGAAUGGUAAUAACCAAAAUGUUUCAUAUUUAUGUCAUAAACAUUUUCGUGAUGAGGAAAUUAUUAAAACAUUUGAAGGACAAAGUAGCAAUAGUAACCAGCCUUGGGCAACCCGGAGUAAAUUUGUUUUAAAAAGUGGUGCUAUACCAUCAAUUCACACAUUAAAUACACCCAAAUGUCGAAAGGCUUUAGAUAUGACCUCAAUAAAUAUUAUAAGUACUAGUUUAUAUGAAAAUGGAAUUGAACCUUUACAUCCAACAAACGAAUUAAGAUUAAAUAAUUUUAUAAUGUCAUUUACUGAUUUAAUUAAUAUAUAUGACAAUAUUAUCUUACCAAAAGGUUGGGUAUCUGUAAUGGAUAGAGAAACAAUUGCAUUUUGCUGUUUAAAAUCAAUUAUUGAAGAAAAGAAAAUGACAAUUAAAAAGCAAAUAUGUUUUAAUGAGAAUCAUGAAAUUUCAUAUCAUGUUGAUAAUAAAGUUUUAAAUAAUAAUAAACAUUGCUAUACAUUAGCAUUUAAAACAAUGGAAAAGCUACAUAUAGAAAAUGUUUUAAUGGAUUUUGAUAAAAAACAAAUCUGUAAUGGAGUACCACUUUCACUUUACCCAGGUAUUCAGGUGAAACAUGGUAAUGUUGAUUUUAAUGGUAUUUGGUAUCAUCAAAAUUGCAGUAUUUUUGUAAAUAAUAAAAAAAGUAAAUGUGAAUGGUGUGAAAGGUUGCAAAAUAUAUUAAGAGCUAAAAAAAGUUAUAAGGAAUUAUGUUUGAGAAGGCAAAGUAAAAAACAAUUAUAUUCAUCGCUUACACCUUUGAGUAAAAAGACAUUGCUAAGUAUAAAUAAAAAAAGGAUGCAACUUAGAAAAGCAAAUAAUAGGUAUCAGUUUAAUUAUUUUUUGUUAAUGAUCAACAGAAAGCUAUGGUCGGAAUUUGGAGUCAGUGGUCAAAUAAAUAAUGUAAAUAAUUAUUUUACACAUCCAUCUGACAACAAACGAAAAAUAUAUGUCCUGUCCGAUGCACCCCAUCUUCUAAAAUGUGUACGAAAAGCAUUUAUUAAAUAA